AUGAUGGCCAUGGCGGGAGCGCUGGGGCGGGCCCGCUGCGCCUCGGCCCUGAGGGGAUCGCUGCCACCGCUGAGGGCGGCCCGGGCGCUCCCGGUUUGCAGGCUGAAGUCAUCUGUCAGCUUUCUUACUCGACCAGAUCGACCAAAUAUUGCUUAUCAGAAAAUUAAGGGGAGAAAUCCAGGGGUUAUUUUCCUUCCAGGCUUCAAUUCAAAUAUGAAUGGUCAGAAAGCAACCGCCCUUGAAGACUUCUGCAAAUCAUUAGGUCAUGCCUUCAUCAGAUUUGACUAUACAGGAUGUGGAAGUUCAGAUGGUAAAUUUGAAGAGUGUACAAUUGGGAAGUGGAGAAAAGAUGUUCUGUCUAUACUGGAUGAACUUACAGAUGGACCACAGAUUCUGGUGGGCUCCAGCAUGGGUGGAUGGCUGAUGCUUCAUGCUGCAAUUGCACGCCCAGAUAAAGUAGCUGCUCUGGUUGGAGUAGCUGUAGCAGCAGAUCACGUUGUUACAACUUUUAAGAGGCUUCCCAUUGAGGCACAAAAAGAAAUAGAAGAAAAGGGUGAAUGGAAGUAUCGAACAAAGCACAGUGAGGCAGGAUAUUACUCCUUGACCUAUGACUUCAUCAGAGAAGCAGAAAAUCACUGCGUGCUGAAUAGUCCUAUUCCUGUGACGUGUCCUGUACGCCUUAUCCACGGCAUGGAGGAUGGUGAUGUCCCUUGGCAGAUCUCUAUGCAAGUCGCUGACCGUGUUUUGAGCAAGGACGUGGAUGUUAUCCUCCGCAAAAUCGGCCGGCAUGGGAUGAGUGACAAGGAGGAUACAAAGCUCCUGGUGAAUACUGUUGAUGAUCUGAUUGACAAGCUGUCAACAGUAGCAUAAGCUGAAGAGUAGCAUUAGUGCAUGAACUCUACACCUGACUCUUUUCCUUGAGUAACAGAAGCCUUGUUCUUACCCAGAUGGUGGCAGGCCUGUGACUGUCACAGUAGGAACUGAGCUUUAUCUGCUGUUUCCUUACCUCUGUUUCGUAAAUACAGGUAUUGUAUUAUUGCUGCAUUUGCACACAGUCCAAAGUGUGAAGGAGUGCUGCUAUUGUGUUGAGAACCUCUCCUUCACCACUUUUACCAUUUUUUUCACAGAUUUCCUACAAUUUUGUACUGUCACGUUGAUUACUUUUUGUUACUAUUGGGCUGUACAGUAAAACUUUAUUUUCACAUCUUUGACACCUGUUAUUGUCCUUCUGCUGUAACAUCACUGUAUCUUAUGUCUGAAACCAUCUGUGCAAGGCAAAAUACAACUUGAGUGUUUACUGAAGUUAGUUGUUAGAAUAGUGAGUACCAUGAAACACAAUAAACAGAUUUCAGAUAAAUGGUUAUUUUGUUCUGAAAUGCUGUUAAAAAGUGGAAGGCACACCCUGAUGGUGUGCUUGGGGUACUGCAUAAGGAAGAAUUUGACUUCUAGGAAUGCAAGGCCUCAAAGCCUUGAGAGCUCUUUGCCUGUGCUUUUUCAGGAGAGUGUGUGUCAUCUUGUCCAGGCUGCCUGUGUGUCGUCGUUCCUUUGUGGGCCUGCUGUUAAGGAACCAAUAAAUAAUCUUGGUGUAAACUGAAA